AUGUGUCACUGCAAAUACACUUUACAGUACAUAAUAUAUUGCAGUAAGGCAGUUUGCGCCUGCACUGACAGUAUUCCUGAGCAAGCUGGAAAGAGCAGCGACGGUAGCGCCAGUGACCUGAUGAGUUGGGCAGUACCCACUACUAAUGUAAAUUACCGUAUGCGUAGGAUUCAAGAAAUGUUGGCGAGAAUACCAUACUUUUUUGGUAGUUUACUUGAUGACGAUGAUUUGCAGACACAACUAUUAGCUGAACCUGGUGAUACUUUCUUGAUAUCAUGCCCGAAGACGAAGAAUGCAAUUAAUCCUUCAUCAAAUUGGUAUUUAGUCGUUUUAGAACCGUCAGAAGUCAUUUUAAAAGUUAAGGUAGUUUAUCUUCAAAAAACCUUCAAAAUUUGGAGUGACAAAAGCAUGACAUUAUUCGGAUAUAUUCAAAACCGGCUUUUGAAACCUAUCGAACGACCGUGGCAUAUUCAUCCUCAGCAACUUAGCAAAAAAAUGGCGAUUGUACCACAGCACGCAUUUCCAAUAAACAAUGUAUUAUUUCCGCUGGGUAAGCUUUCUCAAAAAACUUUAAAUUUUGAUCUCAAACGAUGGAUACCUGUAAUGGAAUUGAGCAUCAUUGACUGCAGUCCUGACGAAGUUCAACUUCUGCUGACUGAGGCACACAAACUCCGACAGUUCGGCACAGUAAGGAUUUGGCGGUUAUGGGGCGUAUGUGAAUAUCCCAACCAAACCGUUUCCAUAAUUCUUGAAGACAUUAUUUAUGGUUCUGUUGCAGAGUUUAUUCGAACAAGCGCUCCACCACAAACUCAACUCAAUAAAUUUGGUCUACAAAUUGUGGAAGGUCUUCGAGAUCUUGAAAAGUUUGGCUUCAUCCAUCAUCGUUUAUCAAUCGAUAUUUGUUUAUUAACAUAUAAAUACAAUGUCAAAAUUGCUAUUUAUGGACUGACUUCUGGUGAAUUAUAUCCUAAAGUUAGUGACCUUGACGACGUUGAUCACUGCAGAUGGCUACCACCAGAAUGCUUACCAAUAAGCAAGCAUAAACCAGAGCCAUACACCACAUCUGGGAUGAUUUACUCCUUCGGUAUGAUACUUUGGUCAAUUUUCCACGGUGGAAUGCUGCCUUUCGAAGAUGAACCCGCGAAUAAUAUACAAAGUCGUAAAUAUCGCAUUGAGAAUCCUUUGUUUGUUGAGCCAGAAAUAGUUCCGAAUAAAAUUCGAGAUGUGAGUUUGAAAUCCAAAAAAGUGUCCAUUUCUUCCCAAAAGAAACAGACUCAUUUAAGAAUAUUAAUUACUCACUUUAUCGCUAUAAAUGUUUGCUUCGCCAAUCAAAAUUUAUCACAAUAAAU